CGUCAACAUCAUCGUUUGUGAUUGAUGUACAAAUUGCGACGGUUUCGCGUUUCCGAUGUGAAAGCAGAUGACUUUGUCUCUAUUUUUACAUUUACCUUCGAAAUACUUCAGCGACAAAAGAAGUGACGUAGCUCUUGAUCGCGUUUGUGAUUUUACUUUCUUUGAUCGUGUGGCUCCAGACUCAAAGUCUAAACUGACUCGUCAACCGCAUUGAAAAAAGCUGGACGGAAACCUCCAGCAAACUCACUUCACCUCUGAUUUUCAACUUCAUCAAGAUGACCGAAGGUUCCAUUUCGACAUUCACAGCUGACCACUCCGCUCUGCCCGACCCCGCUCAACCCCAGCCAACCACUUCCACCCUUUCCAAAACCGAGGCCACCCACUACGACCGGCAGCUCCGCGUUUGGGGCCUAGCCGCACAACAGAAGCUUUCCCAGUCCUGUCUGCUGUUUCUCGAAGUCGAUGGAAUCUUGUCGGAGUUGUUGAAGAAUCUGGUGCUGUCUGGUGUCGGGAAGAUCUACAUUCACCACAAAACUAUCGCAAGAGCAGGUGCCACUGCCGAAGCAAAUGGAACUGCGAAUGGCGCCGUCGCGCCAGGCCCAAGCCCCCUCGUCACCCCAGAGGACAUCGAGACGAACUUUCUCCUGACGCCCGACGACCUCGGGAAGAACAAGGUCGACUGCGUCGUGAAAGCGGUGCAGGAGUUGAACCCGCUGGUGAAGGUGGAAGCGGUAGGAGUAGGUGGACAUGGUGGAAAACCCAGAUCAGGAUCUGUGUCCUCUCCGUCAUCUUCGCUUGCGACAACACUCGCGGACCCGGCUAGUCCCAGCGGGAAGAUUUUUCAAGAAGCCACGAUCGUAUUUGACACAGCCUGUGUGUCAGUGUCUUCAACGACUGCAAGUUCAGCAUCGACAACAAGCGCACCUUCACUAGUAUCUUCAUCAAGUGCAAGUAAGCGAAAACUGCAAGAAGCCACUGAGAUUUCUGAUUUGUGUCGCAAGCAUGGAAAAACCCACUUUCUGUUAGCGCACAGCGGAAUUUAUGGGUUUUGUUUCUACCGGUGUUGCGAGACGACGGCUGGCGACCACGCGAGUGCUCCUGAUGGGCAGUCGCGGACGAAUCAUGGCGAUGCAACUUUCAACGACAUCCUGACGAAGUACGCACAGGGUGCGAAGGACAUAAAAAUCACGAACCCAGUGGUGCAAAGGUUUUUCCAAGAAUUCAAAAGCGUUAAGAACCUGCACCGUGCCGGGCCAGAAGGGAACGCGCAGACGAAUGGCAAGAUAGAGUCAGACCACGACGGCGAAAACCAUUUCAGUCGAUGUUUCCAGCUCCCCGCCCCGCUGGUCACGGUCAGCGCAAUCCUUGGCGGUGUCGUUGCACAGGAAGCAAUCAAAGUAAUGACGGGAAAGGAUAAGCCGUUGAAAAAUUGCAUUUUGAUGGACUUAUCCAUCAUGCAAUGCGUCAUCGAGGAACUGCAGAUCCCCAAGACACAAGAACGCUUGCCGAACGGGAAUGAAAUGAGAAACGGAACAACCGCGAAGCGAACGGCGGAGCAGCGAGAUCCAACUUCUUCAGAAAGAAGAAAGGAUGCAACAAGUAAUGGCAGCGGAAUUGCUGUUGCGAAAAAAGCAAAAACGGACGCUGUCGCCAUUGACUUACUCUCGGAUUCAGAUUGAUCUCUUCAACUUAAUCGAUGAACACACACCAAUGGAAAAUGCUGCUCCGCAUGCGCAACACUUGCUACAAAAAAGCAAUCGACUGAAAAAUGAGACCGAUG